AGAUAGUUGAUAUCAUCUAGAAAAGGAAAGAGACGGAAGGGCAAAGGAUAACGAUCGAUAGAUUGACCAAAAUGGAUAUAGGAGAUGGGAACCUCACGGAGGAAGAGAAGGGGUUCAUAGCAAUGACCCUCAGGGGGUGCGAUAAGGCCAUCGCCUUUGAUGACUCGGAGAAGGGGAGGAUCGACCCAAGGUACGCUAAGUCGGCCCAGAUCCACACGGUCCCGCACGUGCCUUGGAAGGAUAGGCCCCAAUGGAAGUACACUCAAAAGGAGAAGGAGGAAAUGGUGGCUUUUAUCAAGGAAACGAUUAGGACGUUCGUUGCGGAACCUUGCGAGAGUGCCUACUCCAAUAAGUGGUUCUUUCUAAGAAAAGGGGGUAGCAACAAACAGCGAUGGAUUCAAAACCUCCAGAGGACCAAUGCGGUCACCAUAAGGGACGUGGGAUCUAUAUACGAGGCCGACUUGCUAGUGGAAGGGUCGGCAGGUCGCUCGAUAUACUCGAUCUGCGAUCUCUUCUCUAGGUAUGACGAAAUCCCCCUAGACUAUCGCGAUAGGCAUAUGACCGCCAUGCACACGCCGCAAGGGUUGGUCCAAAUGAUGGUGGUACCAAUGGGCUGGACGAAUGGGGUAGCGGUGUUCCAACGGGCCAUAAUUGCAGUCCUCAAGGAAUUCAUACCGGAUAAGGUAGAGGUCUUCCUAGAUGACUUUCCGAUAAAAGGACUGGUCGAGCGAGACGAGACAGAGGUUUUUACCGGAGCGAGGAAGUUUGUGGUGGACCACAUGAGCGACGUCAGGGACGUCCUUGUGAAACUGGACGACGCAAAUCUCACGGUAAGCGGGACUGAAAGAAUCCAGCGAGAGGCGCUGGGGUAUUGCUUACGGGGAGGCCAUCUCUUCAAAAGGCCCACCAAGUUUGCGAUACCCAUGAGGGUACUGUGCGAUCCGGAGGAGAGAAGGGCGGUCAUAGAGGAGUUACACGAUGGGGUCAUUGGAGGUCAUAGGGGGGUGAAGGGUACUUUCGAUAAAGUCCGUAGGCUUUAUUGGUGGGACGGGAAAUACACGGAAGUGGAAAAGUACUCUUCCACAUGUGAGGCUUGCCAGAAGAGGGCUACACUUCGAUACAAGGAACCCUUGGUUCCGUCGCUUCCCACGGCUCCGGGCGAGAAGGUCCAUGUUGACUUAGUGACCAUGCCAAAGGGGAUCGGCGGACUUCGGUAUAUAAUCAACUCCCGGGAUGACCUCGCGGGAUUCGUAGAGGCAAAGGCCGUUAAGAAGAAGACGGCAGAGGAGGUAAGUGGAUUUCUCCUUAAAUAUAUCGCGCGGUAUGGAUGUGUCGGGAGAAUAGUCAUGGAUAGGGGCGGAGAGUUCUUGAGCCGAAAGGUGAAGGCAUUAUUGGAAAAGGCAGGGAUCGGGGCGACCUAUACGACCGCUUAUCACCCCCAGAGCAAUGCACCGGUAGAAAGGGGGCACCAGACGCUUGUGGACGCUCUGGCGAAAUGAUGCAAAGGCAGCGCGGAACAGUGGCCGAGAUACUUGCGGUACGCGGUUUGGACCGA